CCCAAGCAAGAGCUACAACUAGUAAUUUGCAUGCUCUGGUUUUGAUGUUAUUAAUUAGUUGCCUCCACUCCAAACAAGUCGGUUCAGAUUCAGCACGUGAUCUUCUUGCGGAAUUGCUUGCAUCGAUCCUAGCUCAUUUCUUUGUAUUCUCUUACAGCUAGUUCAUUAUUCAGGCUCUACUACUUAUGGUGCUAGUUUAAAUUAAUGAUGUGGCAUGUAGUGUCAUUUUUUCUUUCUAACAAUCUAGAGACAGAUAAGGUGCUAGCUAGCGACUACUUUAAUUAAUCUCCAUGGUUACGAAGAACACACAAGAGAAAAUGCUCAAACUUCAUCAGUAUAUUCUUCUUAAUGAGUGUCCGUCACCAGUGCCAUCUCCAUCUUCACAUGCAUUAUUCUGAUAUGUCAUAAGUUUUACUCCAGCUCUUCGCUUGUUUUCUGAACCUUGAUAUAUAUUACCUGAUUGCUACAGCUGAAUUUGUUCGAUGGAGGACCUACCGGAGGCUCUCGUGACGGAGAUUCACAAGAGGAUCACCAGGACAAGUGAUCUGAAUUCUCUUUCCCUUGUCUCAAAGCAGCUCUACAAGAUAGAGGGGAAUCAAAGGGGUGCUAUCCGUGUUGGUUCCGGUCUUUGCACUGCUACAGAAGCACUAACAUCACUGUGCCCCAGGUUCACAAAUUUGCAGAAAUUGGAAAUUGAUUACUCUGGUUGGAUACUUGAACAUGGAAAUCAGUUGGACAACAAAGGCCUUUUUGUAUUUUCAUCUCACUGUUCCUCGCUGAUUGAUCUCACCUUAAGCUUCUGCUCAUACAUCGAUGACUCUGGGCUUGGUUGUUUAGUGCAUUGCAAGAAAUUGGUUUCUCUCAGGCUGAACUCCGCACCAAAAAUAACGUCAUAUGGGCAUCUCUCGGUUGCAGUUGGUUGCACAAGUCUAUCUGCCCUUCACCUUAUUGAUUGCGAGAAAAUCGAUAAUGUAGAGUGGCUGGAAUACCUUGGUAGGGAUGGAUCGUUGGAAGAGCUUGUAGUGAAGAAUUGCAAAGGCAUCAAUCAUCAUGACUUCCUAAAGUUUGGUUCAGGAUGGAUGAAGCUCCAGAAGUUUGAGUUUGAGAGGAAAAGAGGAAUAUAUGAUUGUGUUCCAGGUGAUGUGGUUUAUGACUCCUCGUACGAUGCUCACAGCAUGGAUAUAUAUGAUUUCUGCUGUGAGAGUUUGAAGGAUUUAAGGUUGGCGCAUAUUAAAACUUGGCCAGAAGUAGGACUUCGUGCUGUACUAGGGAAGUGUAAAGCAUUGGAGAAGCUUUGCCUUGAGUAUGUUCAAGCCCUAAAUGACAAUGACAUGAUUGCCUUAUCUCGGAGCUGCAGCAACCUUAAAAGCAUCUCACUUUGGCUCAACCUGCAGAGGUACUCUAGUGAUAUCAGCUAUUGUGAUACCAGGACGUCAUUUACUGAUAACAACCUUUAUGCUCUAGCCCUCAACUGUCCAAUGCUUCAGAUCGUAGACCUCAGCUUUACAGGAUGUGCUGCUGACUGGCCAUCAGAAAUAGGAUUCACACAACAAGGUUUUCUGGUGCUCAUUCAGUCCUGCCCGAUUCGUGUUCUCGUGCUAAAUACUGCCAACUUCUUUGAUGACGAGGGGAUGAAGGCCCUUUCAUCCUCACCAUACCUGGAGAUACUCGAGCUUAUAUUGUGUGAAGCGGUAACUGAUGCUGGGAUGUGCUUCAUUGGAUAGACCCCACGCUUGAGUAAUCUCACACUUCGGUUGUGUCAUGAGGUGACUGAUGUUGGAGUGUCUGAACUGAGACAUGCACGUAAGUUAGAGUCUUUGGUUAUCGAGUGUUGUAGUAAGGUCUCUUUGCAAGGGGCGCAGGGUGUUGCCAAGUCGGUUC